ACAACGGUAUUAGUGCAAAGAAAAUUCCGCUGUUCAGUCAGUUUUCAGAGGACCUUCGAGACAGGCAGGCGAAAAUUCGAGUUUUGCUAGCUCUACCAAGCAGACAACAGUUAAAAAACAAACUCAAUGAAGUGCGUGAUAACAUAAAUAACUGUAAAAGAGUAAAAAAUUUACAUAACUUACCCAUUGAAAGUGAAACUACAUUGAUGCUAAAGAAAAACCUAUUACAAAAUUCCUGCCAAGUGUAAUAAAACUUAAACGAAGGAAGGAGACAAAGUAGCUGCGAGACAGAGCAGCGACGUUUGCAGACCACGACCAGAGAGCCAAUUGUAUCGAGCAAGGGGCAGCCUGCGAGAGAGUGAUAGACAGAGAGAGAGCGAGAGAGCCACAAAGAGAGUGUACCAAAAGUAUCAACACCACCCACAAACGAGGCGCCUACUCUGCGGACGUUUGCACGUUUCUGCUUUCUGAGUCUUCGGCUCUUCGACUUCGGCUUCGACGUCUGCGACUUCGGCUGUGUGUGGCAUUCGUUUUGUGUAUACACGAGGACGCCAGGCUAAUCCUUUCGAGCGCUUCGCUGGCUAAACGCACACAAAACAGAACAGAGCAAUAAAACCAAACAUGUUUUCGGGUUUAACAAAUCAAUUCACCUCGCUGGUGGGCGCAGUCAAGGGCGGCGCUGGCGAUGAGGAUGUCCCAGUGCCCACAGGCGAUGCUGCCGCUGGCGCUGCAACCACAUCAACUGCGGAGGCAGUUGCCACAUCAGCGGAACAGGAUGCUGCAGCCGCUGCCGGCGGCGAGCAACUGCUCGAAGGCGAGGAGGGUGCCAAAAGCCUACCCAAAUCAUCCUCCCUGGUAGAUUCGUUAGUCAGCGAAGCCACCGGCUGGCUGGGCAGCGCCAAGGGCUGGUUGGGCAAUGCUUCGAUACCGUCGAUGCCGGCCAUGGCAAUGCCGUCGAUGCCAUCGAUGCCGGCGAUGCCAUCGAUACCAUCGAUUCCUGGACUACGCAAGAGCGGCGCCGCCGACGGAGCAGAGGGCGGCGAGGGCGCUGCAGAUGCCGCGGCUGCGGGUACUGUGAGUGGAGGCGAUGAUGACGACAAGUCGAGGUAUAUUAGCGCUACAGAGGGUGCUGAUUCGCAUCCAGCAUCGGGCGGCGGCACGCCCACUGGCGACGAGGGUCAAAUUGGACAGGGUAAGGGCGAUGAAUUGAAAAUUACCACGAAAGUAACACAGCAGGCCAAGCACUUUGGCUCCUUCUUGUCAUCGGCCAUCAGCAAGGCUGGCAGCAAGAUCAAGGAGACGGUCAAGGAUAAUACCAUACUCGAGUCAUUCAACAAGGAGCAGGAGGCAUUCAUUAAGGGCCAGGGCGGUGCAGGCAACGGUGCUGCCCCCUGGAUCGGCCAUGCCAACGAGGCAAAGAUCAAGGAGGAAAUCCUGGGCUUGUCACAGGAUCGUCGCAACUUUGUGCGCGCACCGCCAGCCGGCGUUGACUUUGACUUUAGCUAUGACACUGCAUAUCCCACUGCCAUAGCCAUUAUGGCCGAAGACAAGGCGCUCGAAACGAUGCGCUUCGAGUUGGUGCCCAAGAUCAUCACUGAGGAGAACUUCUGGCGGAAUUACUUCUAUCGAGUCUCGCUAAUCAUUCAGGCCGCCGAGCUGGGCACUUUGGGCGCCGAUGGCGUGGGCCAGGCUUCCAGCGGUGAAGAUGCAGCUAAACAAUUACCAGAUAAAGCAAAUAUUAAUCCCACUGUCAGCCCUGUCAAGAGUACGACAGGCGGCGACAGCCCCACAGCAAUAGCCGCUGUCUCUGACCAACCGAAGCCUGUCAUUGAUUUGAAGGCCGCCGAAGAACUUAAGCAUGAUUUGACCCAAAAAAUCUCCGAGUCCGAGUUCGUUUCGGACGAAUUUCAAACAUCCAAUGAUACCGAUUUGGCCGAAAUCCAAGACGGUAUGCGCAAGCUGGGCAUCGAUAGCCUGUCCCAACAGGCACUCGCCAGCACCGAUGAGGAACAAUGGGAGAAGGACUUGGAGGCUGAGCUCAAGGACUACGAGGUUGUCGACGAAGGAGGCACUGGCGCUGGCGGCGGUGGCGGCGGCGGCGGCAAACAGAAGCGAACAGAUGAUGGGGACGAGGAUGAGGAUGACGCACCGACAAUAUCCAAUUUGCGCACACGUUCAACUAACAACGAUUGGGAGGAGUAUGCCGACCUAAUUGAGGAUACCGAUGAUUUAAAGUAAUUAAGAGCUUAUAUCGUAGUUUCUUCUAAGUUGGCUCUAAGUUUAUAACUUAACGUUUCUUUCCAUUCCUUUCUAUUCCUUGUUUCUUUUAAUAACAAACCUUACUUGUUUUCGAACCACUACUCUCUGAUUAUUGUUACGUAAACCCAUGAAAAACCAAACACCCCGACCCCAAACCGAUCUGCAACCAAUUUAUGCCGCAUCAACAGAACAUUGAAGUGCCUAAAACGCACCAUGUUGGGCUAUCUAUGAGACGAGGCAAUCUUUACGCUCAUCUAAUGUUGGCGUAAAAAGUUGGUUAACAUACAACGAUUAAAUGUAAAUAGAAUUUGCCUCGGAUCCUAUUGGAAAAGUUGGUUGAGAUCUGGCCAUUGGCCGUGCGCAAAAAUGCAAACAUUUUACUCAGUUGCCUUUUAAAGAUGAUAUAAGACACUAAACUCAAACAAUUCAAUUAUGUUACAAUUUAUAAAUCCACUUUGGCUAAAUUCAAACUAAAAUCCAAAUACCACGAAUUCUCCUUAUCGUUUUGUCACAUUGGUUGACGAGUCGGAAACUUUCGCCAAUUGUUCAGCACACGAAAAUGGCAAACAGUUAACUAUAACAUACAUACAUACACAGAAAUUUCCACAUGAAACUGGUUAAACUAGAAUAUGAAACAAAAACAAACAAAUAUGAAAAUGAAAAUAAACAAAUCGAAACAACAAAACGGCAUUAGUAUAAAUCGUAUUAAAAUAUAGUAAUG